AUGUCGAAAAACAGCUCCGCAUAUGGCACCCCGGCGGGGGACACAUCAUUUCGCAAGACGCGCAACCCUGAAGAGUACGCAGCAAGGGCCAAAGAGCGCGACGAAUCCGAGGCGGCCGAGCGCAAAGCCCGCUACGAGGCAAAGCUGGCGGGAAAGAAGUACCACAAGCCGAUGACGGGCGACGAAGAAUUCACGUCGGCGCGUUCCGAGGUGAUGGACUUUAGUGCGCAGGUCGGCAAGACAAUGCUGGUGCCGGCCGGGGCUGGCCAGGGCAAGCGUGGACGCGGCGCGGGCUUCUACUGCGAGGCGUGCGAUCUCACAUUCAAGGACAACAUUCAGAUGCUGGAGCACAUCAACACGCCACAGCACCAGAUCGCGACUGGGCGGAACAUGAACGUGCAGGCAGCCACGGCUGAGGAGGUCCAUGAGCGAAUCGAGAAGUUGUGGAGGAGACAAGAGAAUAGGAAAAAGCAAACGGUGUUCAAGCUCGACGAGAGGCUUGAGCUGCGAAAAGAAGAGGAGGAGAAGGAGAGGGAGGAAAAGAGGAGGAAGCGGCACGAGCUGGCGGAGCGCAAACGAGCCGAGAAAGAAGCCGCCAGCCAAGUUAAGACCGAGUACGGCGAUGAUGUGAGGAUAGAAGGAGAGCAUGAAGAGGACGAUAUGAUGGCCAUGAUGGGAAUAGCCGGGUUUGGAACCUCGAAGCAAAAAUAG